AUGGUCGAGUCGGAGAACAAGAGAAAGGCUUCUGCCGAGGCCGAUGACCAAUACUUGUCAAAGCGAAUGAAGGCUGACAUGGAUGAGGAAGACGAGGGUGACGAGCAGGAAGAGGAAGACGAGGAAGAAGAGGAAGAGGAAGAAGAUGGCGCGGAAGGGGAAGAUGAAGAAGGAGAAGAGGAAGAAGACGAUGAGGAAGAGGAAGACGAAGAAGGCAAUGAGGACGAUGAAGAAGGAGAAGACGAAGAAGAAGAUGGAGAGGAAGAGGAGGAGGACGAAGAAGAUGCUGAGAGAGUGCCAGGCGAAGUCGAAGACGAAGGAGCUGACGACGACGACGACGAAGAAGAUGAUGAGGAUGAUCAAGCUGAUGUAGAUGAUGGUGAGAACAAUGAAGAAGGAGAAGAUGAAGAAGAUGAUCAAGAAGCUGAAGAUGUUGAAGCCGAAGAUGAGGCCGAAAAUGCAGACGAGGAUGAUCCAAAAGAAGAAGAUGAAGAUGAAGACGAGGAAGAUCCACCAAGACGAACAGUCACUAAGAAAUACGUUAGCAAGAAUAUGAGAAAGAAUAGCAAACAUAACACCGCCUCCUCGAAAGAGAAUGGACAAGACGAUGAUGAAGACGAGGACGAAGAGGAAGAGGAAGAGGAUGACGACGAAGACAAUGAUAAUGACAAUGACAACGACGAUAAUGAAAAGAGUAAAAUUAAAGACAAAAAGAUUAAGAAAGAAGAAGGAAGCAAAUACAAUAUGCACCAGGAUAAAGCCAACAAAAUCAAAAAUGAAAACGGCUCUGCUGUCAAGGCCGAAGAAGACGAGGAAGACGAUGACCAGGAUCAGAAGGACGAUGAAGAUGAGUCCAAAUCAGAAGCUGCUGAUCAAGCAGCUGGUGAAAAUGGCGAAUCCGGUGAGAAUGAAGAUACUGCAAAUGUAACGACAUUUGUUUUUGACGAUGUCGAAUACAAAUAUAAAGAGCGGGCUGCCGUGAUUGAGGAACGCGAAGGAAAAAUCGAAUUUCGCGUUGUUAAUAACGAUAAUAAGCCUGAAUCUAUGAUGAUCUUAACUGGGUUAAAGAACAUUUUCCAAAAGCAAUUACCAAAAAUGCCUCGAGAGUACAUUGCUCGUCUUGUCUAUGAUAGGAGUCACGUCUCCAUAGCUGUGAUUCGGAGACCUCAUCUCCAAGUUGUUGGAGGAAUCACCUAUCGGCCGUUUGAAUCGCGUAAAUUUGCAGAAAUCGUCUUCUGUGCAAUUUCGUCCACUGAACAGGUCCGUGGUUACGGAGCACAUCUCAUGAACCAUCUAAAAGACUAUGUCAAGGGUACAACGCCAAUCAUGUACUUUCUAACCUAUGCCGAUAAUUAUGCAAUUGGAUAUUUCAAAAAACAAGGAUUCACAAAAGACAUCACUCUUGAUAAAAGUAUAUGGAUGGGAUAUAUCAAGGAUUACGAGGGAGGUACAAUUAUGCAGUGCUCAAUGCUUCCCAGAAUCCGCUAUCUUGAUGCAGGCAAAAUCUUACUUCUUCAGAAGGCCGCUGUAAUGGCUAAAAUUAGAGAGAUUUCUAAAUCGCAUAUAGUAAGGCCAGGUAUUCAAGAGUUCCGUCAGGGUGUCACUAAAAUCGAUCCUAUGACCAUUCCUGGAUUAAAAGAAGCAGGAUGGACGCCUGAAAUGGACGAGUUGGCUCGACGACCCAAACGAGGUCCUCAUUUCGCAGUCAUGCAACAUCUUCUGAGUGAGAUGGAGAACCACCCUUCUGCUUGGCCGUUUGCCCAGCCUGUUAACCGUGAUGAAGUAGCUGAUUACUAUGAGGUUAUCAAGGAACCCAUGGAUCUUUCUACCAUGGAAUCUCGUUUAGAAGCUGAUUCAUACGCGUCAAUGGAAGACUUUCUAUAUGAUGCUCGACUCAUUUUCAACAACUGUCGUUCUUAUAAUAAUGAAACGACGACUUAUUAUAAGAAUGCCACGAAACUUGAGAAAUUCCUGUACGCCAAAAUUCGUGAAAUCCCCGAAUACUCUCAUCUUGUAGAAUAG